UGGGGAGGGUUGAACGCAUAUCUGGAGACUUGUAUAUAUAGUCCGCCGACCGUGUCCAAUAAUCAUCAUUCGACGGAAUCACAUCCAAAACACAACACUCACCAUGAAAUUCGCAACAGCUCUGAUCACUUUGGCGGUCGUAGCCCUCGUCCGGGCCGACGCGUCCAGCGCCGACAAGAAGACGACGAAACACGAAAAGAGAAGUUUGGGCUACGGACUUUCCGGUCUCGGCUACRGCUCCGGUCUUGGUUACAGCUCCGGUCUCGGCUACGGAUCYGGUCUGGGCUAYAGCUCCGGCUUGAAGUACGGUUCCGGUCUGGGCUACAGCUCCGGUUUGGGAUACAGUUCCGGCCUGAGCUCCAGCUACGGUCUGGGAUACGGUUCCGGCUCUAGCUUCGGUUCCGGUCUGGGAUACRGUUCCGGCCUGAGCUCCAGCUACGGUCUGGGAUACGGUUCCAGCUCUAGCUACGGUUCCGGCUCUAGCUACGGUUCCGGUUUUGGCUACGGUUCUGGACUAGGAUACUCCGCUGCUGCUGCUGCCGCCCCUGCACCGACAACCGGCCCGAUCGUACAGAUCUCCAAGGAAGUGCACAUCGUCAACAAACACGCCCAACCGGUGUCCGCCCCAUACCCAGUGCCAGUCACCCACGACGUACCCGUACCCGUGCCACACCCAGUGCCCUACGCCGUCGACAAACCAUACCCAGUCCACGUACCCGCCCCAUACCCAGUUCCGGUCGAAAGACCCGUACCGUACGCAGUCGACAGGCCUGUUCCCCAUCCAGUGCCAUCGCCUUACCCGGUGCCAGUAGUCCGCGACGUUCCAGUUCCGGUUUCCAAGCCAUACGCAGUGCCAGUCGUCAAACAAGUCCCCGUGCCAGUGGCCACCCCGGUCGUCGUGCCCGCCAUCCAACAAGCAGCCCCGUUGAUCUCUACAGGUUACAGCGCCGGACUUGAAUCGUCUGCAAUCGGUUACGGUUCCGGUUCUGGUUACGGCUCCGGUUACGGUUCCAGUUACGGCUCCGGUUACGGUUCCAGUUACGGCUCCGGUUACGGUUCCAGUUACGGUUCCGGUUACGGACUUGGAUCAUCGGCCAUCGGUUACGGCGCAUCUUCGUACGGUUCCGGAAGCCUGUACAGCGGAUCUUUGGGAUACAGCAGCGGAAGUCUGUCUUCUUACGGACACGACGCCCACCACAGUUUCGAUUACAAGAAAUAAAACAGUCGAAUGAUUGCCAUGCAGCGACUGCACUGCAUUGACGGAGAUUAUACUUAAGAUUUGUAUCGUACCGUGUAUAUUGUGUAUACACAUAUUAUGUUCUUAGACAAUUAUUGCAAUUUUGUUUUUAUAAUAUAUUUUCAAUGUUGUUGAUAACCGAUAGUUAUUGACUGAAAUUAA